AUGAAGACUCUCUUAAAAUUCUUCUGGACUCUGCCGUCCCCUCGCCUGCUCCUCCGCCACCAAGCCAAGAGAUGCUCCACCUCUUCGAUUGUCUCAUACUAUGAAGCUAUAAACCGGAAUGAACAGGAAGUGCCCGAAUAUUUCAAUUUUGCAAGCGAUGUUUUGGACCAAUGGUCUCAAAUGGAAAAGGAUGGAGAAAAGCCUCAGAACGCAGCCUUCUGGUGGGUCAGCGAUCAGAAGGAAGAGGUGAAAUGGAGCUUCGAGGAGUUGGGAGUCCUGUCCAGGAAAGCCGCCAAUCUACUGACCGGCCCGUGCGGCUUGCAAAGAGGAGACAGAAUUAUCACGGCUUUGCCUCGGGUCCCGGAGUGGUGGUUGCUGACCGUGGCUUGCAUGCGGGCAGGCAUCGUCCUCAUUCCAGGGACGUCCCAACUGACAGCUAAGGACCUUUCCUACAGGCUCCAGGCUUCUAAAGCCAAAUGCAUCGCGGUCACCGACUCGCUGGCUCCCGCCGUGGACUUGGUCGCGCCCGAAUGCAGCUUUCUGAAAACCAAACUUCUUGUGUCCGAAGGCAGCAGAGAGGGGUGGCUGACCUUCGAGGACCUCUUCCAAGCAGCGCCCGCCAAGCACGACUGCGUCAAAACCAAGAGCCGAGAACCCAUGCUCAUCUACUUCACAAGCGGAAGCACGGGAGCUCCCAAAAUGGUCGAGCAUUCGCACUGCAGUUACGGCAUCGGCUUCACGGCCACUGGCAGGCACUGGAUGAAACUGACCCCCUCAGCCGUCUUCUGGAACACGUCUGACACGGGGUGGGUGAAGUCCGCCUGGAGCAGUGUCUUCGCCCCCUGGAUGAACGGGUCGUGCGUCUUUGUCCAUCAUUUGCUGCAAUUUGAACCUGCUGUCAUACUGGAUACCCUGUCAAGGUAUCCGAUUACCACUUUCUGCACGGCUCCGACAGCGUACCGUAUGCUGGUUCAGCAUGAUAGCAACAGCUACCGAUUCAAGAGCCUCCAGCACUGCAUGACGGGAGGAGAACCCCUCAACCCCGACGUCAGGGAACGCUGGAAAGCCAAGACAGGCCUGGAGAUCUACGAAGGAUACGGUCAAACUGAGACGGUCACAAUCUGCGGUAACGUCAAAGGGAUGGAGAUUAAAUCGGGCUCCAUGGGCAAGGCAUCUCCACCGUAUAAUGUUCAGAUCGUAGACGAACAUGGCGACGUUCGGCCCCCAGGAGAAGAAGGGGAUAUUGCCAUCCAAAUCCAUCCCAAGAGGCCAUUUUGUUUCUUUUCACAGUAUCUGGAUAACCCUGAGAAAACUGCAGCCAGCCAGCGGGGAAGCUUUUAUAUCACCGGAGACAGAGGGAUCAUGGAUGAAGACGGCUACUUUUGGUUUGUCGGAAGGUCGGACGACGUCAUCAAUUCUGCCGGGUAUCGCAUCGGCCCGUUUGAGGUGGAAAGCGCCCUGAUCGAACACCCGGCCGUGGCAGAAUCGGCUGUCGUCAGCAGCCCAGACCCCAUCAGAGGAGAGGUGGUGAAAGCCUUUGUCGUUCUGUCGCCUGCUUUUCUGACACACGAUCGGGAGAAACUAACCCGGGAGCUUCAGGAUCACGUGAAACGAAUCACUGCUCCCUACAAAUAUCCUCGAAAGGUGGAGUUUGUCCAAGAGCUGCCCAAAACCGUUGCGGGGAAAAUCCAAAGGAACGUCUUACGGAUCCAGGAAUGGAGAAAAGCCUAG